UUCCUUGUUUGGUGCGCAAGUGAUGUCAAUUGGAUAACCACAAACCUAAAACUAUAUAAGAAGCAGCUAAAAAUAAUCUCUCAAUUCUUCUUCCUUUACUGUUGUGUUGUUGCGAUAAAGUGGGAAGAACACAGAUCUUGAGAGAGAGAGAUUACGGAACAGAAGGCAAAAUGAUUAGAACAAGUUGCAGGAAAUUUCUAGGGUUGGUUACCCAGAAGAACAAUCAAGCACCGGUUUUGGUUCGUCUGUAUCAUGAGAGGGUUGUGGAUCAUUACAAUAACCCUCGGAAUGUCGGAUCCUUCGAUAAGACUGAUCCCACGGUUGGGACGGGGCUCGUAGGUGCUCCGGCUUGUGGUGAUGUGAUGAAGCUUCAGAUAAAGGUCGAUGAACAGACAGGGAAGAUAGUUGAUGCUUGCUUCAAGACCUUUGGUUGCGGAUCCGCCAUCGCUUCUUCUUCUGUAGCUACCGAAUGGGUAAAGGGGAAACAAAUGGAGGAAGUCGUGUCAAUUAAAAAUACGCAGAUAGCAAAACAUCUCUCGCUUCCACCAGUGAAGCUCCAUUGUAGCAUGCUUGCGGAAGAUGCUAUCAAGGCAGCCGUUAAAGAUUAUGAAGCAAAACGAGGCAAAUCAGCAGAACAUGGUGCAACUAUUGAGAAGGCUGCUGAUGCUUAAUCAGAUGUGUGCUAUGGCAUAAUAAAUAGUUGAUGAUGCUCGAACCUUGGUAAUGCUCUCUCACUGCCACGGUAUUUGGGACCCCCUUUGUAUAUUUGCAUGCUCCAUAUCUUUUUUUUCCUUUUUGCUACAAGCUUUACAGCCUUAAGUUCAUAAGACUUUGUACCAAACCUCUUUGUUUCUGUAUCAUCCAAUUAAUAAACAGGUUGGUUCUGUGAA